AUGCCAGUAACACGCAGCGCAAGCAAGCACGGCGGUGCCGCCGCUCCCAAACCCCCUCCCCGUGCGUCGCCGUCCAAACCCAAGCCCAACCGCAAAUCCGCGCCCGCGUCCAACCCCACACCCGCGGCCGACGACGAAGCCUAUACAUUCUUCUACGGCUGGGCGAGCGGCCCGCUAGCGCCCCUAAGCCAAUGGCACGCCCCCUCCCAGCCCUUCCACGAUCCGCAGUAUCCCGGGCGGCACUUCAAGACGGCAAAACACUACAUGAUGUUCCGCAAGGCGCUCGUCUUCGACCCGGCGCAGGCGGACGCGGUCGUCGCGGCCGAGACGCCGCGCGAGGCGAAGGCUUUGGGCCGGGCACUGCCUGGUUUCGAUCGCGCGCGGUGGGAUGAGGUCGCGGACGAGGUGGUUGAGACGGGCAACUAUUGCAAGUUUGGCCAGUGUGCAGGGCUUUGGGAGGUGCUUAGGAAGACGAAGGGGACGCUGGUUGAGGCUAGUCCCCGGAACAGGAUCUGGGGGAUAGGUUAUGGACGGGAACGGGCGCUGGAGAAUCGGGAGAGGAUGGGGUUGGCGCUCACGCGCGCGAGGGACCGGUUGUUGGCUGAGCGAGGUGUGGCGACGGCCGAGGCGGAGGAGAUGGAGAAGCGCGAGAAGGGGGGCAACGACGCCGAGGUCGGCGACGACGACGGCACGAACUAG